GAUUCUAUUUUUUUGUUUUUAAUUAAAUUUUCAUCCGAGGGCUUUGUUUGCUUCUUUUUUUCAUUUGGGGGAUUUGGAUGGCAUUGGGCGAUCUGAUGACGUCACGGUUUUCGCAAUUGUCUUUGGCGGUAUCUAAUCAUGUCACGGACGGCAGCGGUGGCGACUACCAUGAGGAUGCUUCUUCUGCUGACCUGGCCUCUCAAAGGAGGGAUUUUGAUACCGCAUCCACCAGCAGUUACGCCAAUGCCGCUGCCUCCUCCGCCACAGUGCCUACAAGCAUGGCUUAUUUGCCUCAAACUGUGGUCUUAUGCGAGCUUCGACAUGCUGCCUUUGAAGCUUCUACUCCUACUGGACCCUCUGAUAGCGGCCUUGUCUCCAAAUGGCGUCCCAAGGAUCGAAUGAAGACAGGAUGUGUAGCUCUAGUUUUAUGUUUAAAUAUUAGUGUUGAUCCACCUGAUGUAAUAAAGAUAUCUCCUUGUGCAAGAAUGGAGUGCUGGAUUGAUCCUUUUUCUAUGGCACCACAAAAAGCUCUUGAAUCCAUUGGGAAAAACCUAAGAGAUCAAUAUGAGAGGUGGCAGCCCAAGGCUCGCUGCAAGGUUGAACUUGAUCCUACAGUAGAUGAAGUGAAGAAACUUUGUAAUACAUGUCGUAGAUAUGCCAAGUCAGAACGGGUUCUAUUUCAUUAUAAUGGACAUGGUGUUCCAAAGCCAACUGCAAAUGGUGAAAUCUGGCUUUUCAAUAAGAGCUACACACAAUAUAUUCCCUUGCCCAUCAGUGACCUUGAUUCAUGGUUAAGAACACCUUCUAUUUAUGUUUUCGAUUGCUCUGCAGCUGGAAUGAUUGUUAAUUCCUUCAUUGAGCUUCUUGACUCUGACACUUCUAACUACUCUGGAUCUGCACGAGAUUGCAUUCUGCUGGCUGCAUGUGAAGCACAUGAGACACUUCCACAAAGUGCUGAAUUUCCUGCUGAUGUGUUUACUUCUUGUCUUACUACACCUAUCAAAAUGGCAUUGAGAUGGUUUUGCACACGUUCAUUGCUUCAUGAGUCUCUUGAUUGUUCGCUUAUAGAUAAAAUUCCUGGCCGCCAAAAUGACCGUAAAACCCUUCUAGGGGAGUUGAAUUGGAUUUUUACAGCAGUGACUGACACAAUUGCUUGGAAUGUCCUCCCUCAUGAGCUUUUCCGAAGAUUGUUUAGACAGGAUUUACUAGUUGCUAGUUUGUUCAGAAACUUUUUGUUGGCUGAGAGGAUUAUGCGCUCUGCAAAUUGUUCUCCAGUUUCUUACCCAAUGUUGCCACCAACUCAUCAGCACCAUAUGUGGGCUGCAUGGGACAUGGCUGCCGAAAUUUGCCUUUCUCAGCUUCCCACGUUGGUUGAAGAUCCCAAUGCGGAGUUUCAGCCAAGUCCGUUUUUUACUGAGCAGCUGACGGCUUUUGAGGUAUGGCUUGACCAUGGAUCCGAGCAUAAAAAGCCACCGGAGCAAUUGCCGAUCGUUCUUCAGGUUUUACUUAGUCAAUGCCAUAGAUUCCGUGCACUGGUUCUUCUCGGAAGAUUCCUUGAUAUGGGACCAUGGGCUGUAGAUCUGGCACUUUCUGUUGGAAUAUUCCCUUACGUUCUGAAGCUGUUGCAAACAACCACACCAGAACUGCGUCAAAUCCUCGUGUUCAUAUGGACAAAAAUUUUGGCACUUGAUAAGUCAUGUCAGGUCGAUCUGGUAAAAGAUGGAGGUCAUGUUUAUUUCAUUAGGUUUCUUAAUAGUAUGGAAGCAUAUCCUGAACAGCGAGCAAUGGCUGCAUUUGUUCUAGCUGUCAUUGUGGAUGGGCAUAGACGGGGCCAGGAAGCCUGUAUUGAGGCAGGGUUAAUCCAUGUGUGCUUGAAGCACCUUCACAGUUCCAUGCAAAAUGAUGCACAAACUGAACCCUUGUUCCUUCAGUGGCUUUGUUUGUGUCUUGGAAAGCUGUGGGAGGAUUUUACUGAGGCCCAAAUAAUAGGUUUGCAGGCAGAUGCACCUUCAAUAUGUGCUCCUCUUCUUUCCGAGUCUCAGCCAGAGGUUAGGGCUUCUGCAGUUUUUGCAUUGGCUACCUUGCUUGAUGUUGGGUUUGACUCAUUUAGAGAUGGUGUCGGAGGGGAUGAAGAAUGUGAUGAUGAUGACAAGAGUAGAGCUGAGAUUGUUGUUAUUAUUAAAAGCCUCUUGAAUAUUGUUUCCGAUGGGAGCCCUCUUGUCCGAGCAGAAGUUGCCGUAGGUAUGUGAUAGUUAUCUCAUUCAUAUUU